AUGUAUCAUCUAGUCAAAGGAUUAUAUAGAUAUGCAACUAGCAAAGAAGAAUAUUCGGUGAUUCUCCUGGGUCUUGACAAUGCCGGAAAGACUACUCUGCUCGAACAAAUAAAGGCGCACUUUUUAGAAUCUCAGACGGAACCGCGACUCAAGACCGUCCCGACCGUUGGCCAAAAUGUCGCAACCGUAUCAUUACCCGACAUGUAUCUCAAAAUCUGGGACGUCGGGGGCCAGCACUCGCUCCGCAAUCUAUGGCAGUCGUACUAUUCGUCUUGCCAUGCGAUAGUCUUUGUCAUUGAUAGCAGCGACGUGGGCGAUGCGGACAUCAACAAGCUCCGGAGUGAGCAAGGUAUUGAAGCAGGACGGCUGGCCGAAUGCAAGCUCGUGCUCGAGAGCGUAUUACAAAAUGAGGAUGCGGAAGGUGUGCCGGUGCUUGUGCUGGCGAAUAAGCAGGACCGCGAAGACUGCGUCGAAGUUGUCAAGAUCAAAGAAGGCCUGGUACGGAAAGUGUUUGAAGGAGAAAAGGGCGUGAGUGUCAGGGAUAGUCGCGUGCUGCCCAUGAGUGCGCUGAAUGGUGUCGGGGUGCGAGAAGCAGUUGAGUGGAUCUGUUCAAGAGUCAAGUGGAACAAGGAGUCGAGGCCGCCAGUGAUGCGAUAG